AUGUCUAAUUGGAGUUCUGAUCAUGAAGUUGAUGAAAUGGUAGAGGAGGAAGUUGAUAGUAUAGUGGAAGGGAUUCAGUACAACUACACUCAAGAGAAACAACCACCAGCUCCAAUAUUCCAAAGAGUGCACAUAAAUAGAAACCGCGAAGAAGGCCAUACUCAACUAUGGAAUGAUUAUUUUAGUGAGAAUCCGACUUACACUCCUGCUAUGUUCCGCCGUUGCUUUAGAAUGAACAAACCAUUGUUCGAAUGCAUAGUCAGUACUAUUGAGAAUGGAGUCCCGUACUUCAGACAAAGACGAGAUGAUACUGGAAGGCUCGGUCUUUCUGCACUUCAAAAAUGUUCUGCAGCUAUCCGUAUGAUGGCAUACGGUGUUCGGCAGAUUUGA